AUGUCGUGGUUUACAGAGAGCAAGAGAUCGUUGAUGGAGAGGAUGGCCAUCAAUGUAUUGAAAUGCGGAUCCAUUCCAAGACACGUGGCGUUCAUAAUGGAUGGGAACCGACGAUACGCUCGACGACUGGAUCUGUCGGCCAUCGACGGCCAUAAGCGUGGUUUUGAACGAAUGACACAAAUGCUUGAGUGGUGUCUGGAUUUAGGUGUGGAUGAGGUGACGGUCUAUGCCUUCGCAAUCGACAACUUCAGACGUCCGGCCGAAGAGGUGGACAAACUGAUGGACUUCGCGAAAGACAUGUUCGACAAGUUGUUGAACGAUAGGCACAAACUGAACGAAACGGGAAAAGCAGUUCGUGUUUUCGGUGACUUAUCUCGUCUAAGACCAGACAUCCAGCGAUUGGUGGCCGAUAUCGUGCUCUUCACUCAACACAAUACUCGCAAAGUACUCAACAUAUGCUUUCCCUACGCAUCCCGUCAUGAAAUCACUACUGCUUUACAAGAGUUGCAAAUUUGUGUCCAAAACCAGAUUAUUGAGGAAUCAGAUAUCACUGAAUCUCUCAUUUCUAACUUCUUGUACACCAGUCAGUCAUCAGAUCCUGACCUUCUGGUGCGAACAUCAGGUGAAGUUCGUUUGAGUGACUUCUUGUUAUGGCAGACCAGCUUUUCGGUGAUCGCAUUCGCGCCAGUCUUAUGGCCAGACUUCACCAUUUGGGACCUCUUCUCUGCCAUUCUUUACUAUCAGCGCAAUUGUAGUUCAGCUAAGAGUGAACAGCAAUUGCAUGAAUUGACACUUGGAUUGACACAACCAAUGGAUCACAACAAUCAUACUGACCACUCAUCCAGAAGACAACGCCUCACCAAUUGUUUGCUUUAUCUCCACAAUAAACGCAUCACUCAAAUGACACGCAUGUCAUCAAAUGGUAAUCAAGUUGUCGAAGUGAACACUUGA